AUGGCCGAGACGGCUCGAGUGAUUGCCCAGACUUGUGUCUAUGGUCAUGUUACAAAUAUCAACGGCGGGGGCUACGGGCAAAACAUCGGCGCCGGAUACCCAGCCACACCUUUGGGUAUGGGCAACUUCGUCACCGAAGGUCUAUAUAACAGCGAAGUCAACAACUAUGUCUCAUACGGUAGUGAACCGGACACCAGCAAACUGAACCAAUGGGGCCAUUUCACUCAGAUUGUGUGGAAGAGCACGACUUCCGUAGGAUGCUAUACGGCCGAUUGUACGGCGACGGGACUACAGAAUGUUGGGAGUGGAGUGCCGCCUUAUUUUACGGUUUGUAAUUAUUCGCCGCCUGGAAACUUCAUUGGAGCGUUUGCGCCCAACAUUGGCGUUUCGAUUGGGUUGCCGACUGUCCAUGCGGAUUAUGGGCUUAGUUCUAUGACGGCGAAUUGA